GUGUAUGUGCGCUUGUGUGAAAUGUGCAAGGAAUCAGCACCAGCACCAGACGAUUGCUGUGUUGCUGUGUAUUAUGGAAGGAAUUUCAUUUGUUUUUCUCCAACCGUGUCCGAAUCAUCUUUCGCGUCCUAUCGGCGGCUCGGUGCUGUUUCGAACCUAAUCUGGGAGACUGGACCAAAAAACCCGAUAGUAAUAGGAUUUGUGAAAAUUUGAUACGUAUCGUUCGGGGUGAAGAGGCGCGCGCGUCGCGCUUCGUAUCGAUCCUCCUCGCGGCAGAGGAAGGCGGGACGUAAUCCGAUAAGCGCGCGUAAUAUGUGCCAAUUUUCCGGCCUCGGAAAGCCGUUCGAAUCCUCUGGAGUGCGUCGGGUUGAAUAAUAUUCCGCGUUUCUAGGAGUUCUAGGAUUACUGUGUACUCAGCUUUGAUCCCUGAACAGGGGGAGGAGCAAACACAAAAUGUUGGUCCCACCGGAGAUGAUUGCGGUCCAGUCGAAGACCAUUUUCCAGAUCAACAAGUACUACGCGGAGAAGGUUCAAAUGCGGAUGGGGAACAUUGCGCGAGUGAUUCGGGAAAUCUGCAAAAUUAUCCAGGAGGUUCUGCGCGAGGUUGAAGUGCAAGAACCAAGGUUCAUCUCCAGCCUGGUGGAGUGCAAUGGAAGAUUCGAGGGUCUCGAAGUGAUCACACCCACAUCGUUCGAGGUCGUACUGUACCUCAACCAAAUGGGAGUGUUCAACUUUGUGGACGAUGGAUCUCUGCCGGGGGCGGCCGUUUUGAAGCUGAGCGAUGGCCGCAAGCGUUCGAUGUCCCUGUGGGUGGAGUUCAUCACCGCUUCCGGGUAUCUGUCGGCUCGGAAGAUUCGAUCGCGCUUCCACACCCUGGUCGCCCAGGCGGUCGAGAAGUGUCCCUACCGGGACAUGGUGAAGCUGGUGCCGGAUACGACCGAGGUCAAGCUGAAGAUACGCGAGCGCUACAUCGUUCAGAUAACGCCAGCGUUCAAGUGCACCGGUAUUUGGCCCCGUUCGGCGGCACAUUGGCCUAUUCCGCACAUUCCUUGGCCCCAUCCGGCGCUGGUGGCGGAGGUAAAGUCCGAAGGUUUCGACCUGCUGUCCAAAGAAAGUGUUAUCCUGCAGGGGAAAAACGCUAACAUCGAGGGUGACGCGUGGAUACUGCACUUCACCGAGGCGGAGAAUCGUCUGCUGCAGGGCGGCUACCGCAAACGUUGUCUCAGCAUCUUGAAAACGCUCUGCGAUCGACAUCUGGACCUUCCGGGAGGCCCCCUCACGUACUACCACUUGAAGACGCUGCUGCUGUACGAAUGCGAGAAGCACCCGCGGGAGUCCGAGUGGGAUGCCAACUGUAUCGGGGACCGGCUGAACGGGAUAUUCCUGCAGUUGAUUUCGUGCUUGCAGAAUCGGCGCUGUCCGCACUACUUUCUGCCCAGUUUGGAUCUGUUCAAGGGGAAGACCCCGACGGCGCUGGACAACGCCUCGAAGCACGUGUGGAAGCUGUGCCGGGAUAUCCUGACGAGCAGUAAGGCGUUCGAUCGCUUGUAAGCCGAGAGGAGGGGUGCAACACACAUCAUAUCCUGGUGGAAAUCUGAUUACGACUGUAUACGAAAAAAAAUUAACGGUGGACAGUGAAUAACAAAAAAAAUCUAUUAUUUUCUUUUGUGUAAGUAGAUGAAAUUUUUAACUAAUAUUUAAGUGUUAUUGGAGCGUUUAAUUUUUCUCGGAGAAAAAAUAAUUCAGUGAUAAAAGCGAAGUAAGUGUAAAUCGUUUAACUUAUAAUCUGAGAUAUAUACAUACACACGAUGGCAUUUGUGUGCGGUGCAAAUACGAGUUGAUAUAUAAAUGUCUUGUUUUUUGAGUUUUUAUUUUUGAAAUAUUAUCAAUUUUAUUUAAACGUUUUUCUUUAGUGUAAGCUAAGCUUGUUCAACAGAGAAACAAUUAACAGUGAAAUAAGAAUUGCAAUUUUUGGGAAAGUUCAACUUUCAGAAUGGA